CCCCCAUCCUACUUCAACUGGGUGACUAAACGAGAACGCUACGACAGAAAUGUAACGGAUCAAGUUCAGAUUCAGAGAGAAAGAAAGGAAAGAUUAAGUGUAAUAUUAGUCACAUUGCAUUUAAACUUUAUUCAAAGCGUCCGUCUUUAAAUAAACGUUUGUCAGCUAGAUAACUAGAUACAAAGACCACAGAAGAAGCAAAAACUGAAGUCUGCACCCUCUCCUUUCCCUCCCAGCACACAGGCCUGUGCUCGGGGCCUCCAUGCCCGCAUUCCCUUCUCGCUGUCAGGGAAAAGCAGGUGGACAGACACAGGAAUGAGCAACCGUGGGACCCAGGAGCCGUCUCCACAGCCCGACGAGGCCCAGUCGCCUGACCAGCCUCCACGCAGGGGUCGAGGCCGACCGCGGAAGCAGCCGCAGGAACCUAGUGGCCCUCCAGUUCCAAAGAGGCCAAGAGGACGACCGAGAGGAAGCAAAAAUAAGGGGCCUCGUGUUGCUCCAAAGAAAGUAGAGCAAGGGGAAAGAAGACCCCGCGGUCGGCCAAGGAAAUGGCCCCAAAGAAUGGUUCAAGAAGUAGUUCAAGAACCACAGGGUCCACCAGACGAACCUGAGGGGGGUCCAUCACAUUCGGGGGCCGCUGAGGUGUCGACAUCUCCGGUUCCACCUCAGGAAGAAGGGGAGUAGACAAUGUGCAGACCUACCUCAGGGCUCGGGGGAGAACAUAGGGGUGCAAGCCUGAUUCCAGCGUAACAAAGGAAAAACAGGGAUCUUGAAUGCAGAUGGACUCUGCUAAGGUACUACAAGUGUUAUCGUGUUGAGGGUCUGUCUGUCCAUGCCUGAUGUUGGCUCAGUGAUGGGUUAGUCAUACUGUCUGAUCAAAUGUUAUUCAAGGGUUUGGUCAGUGGGUUUGGCUGUGCAGAUAGUCUGAUCGGCAAGAUCCUGAAUUCAAUUUUUUUUUUACUAAGAUAAUGAUUGAUUGAUUGAUUGUUUGAUUUUGUGUGUAUGUGUGAGUACUCAAUGUGUGUUGGGAUGCACGUUUGAGUAUAUUUGAUUGUGACGUCAGUGGCGAUGGAAUGGUUGGAAGGAGGUUCAACAUAAAGAACAGCUGCUUUACUAACAUUUACAAUCACAUCACACAGACAAGAUUCAGAACCCCUCAUUUGGGGGCAGGACUUGAGGAAUUGUAUGUUUGCUAAGUGGAAAUGAUGUGCUGGAAUUAUUUAAUGAGAAAAACCUUUUUACAUUACCAUAAGAAACAUGAGCUUGAAUGUUUUCGAUUGACAUUUCGAUUGGCAGUUUACGAGUACUUUGCUCUUACCACACUUACUUUAACCUCAGGUACAUAUAUUCAGGAACAACUGUCACUCUACUCAAUAUGAUUAUUGUACAAUGUCUGUUGUGUUUUUCUGGUCUGAACUAAACAUUCGCCACACAAGUCUUGAUACACAUCUCUCUCAGACCUAAUCUCUCCUCAGUCUCUUUGUCUCUCAGUUUACCUCACUGAAAGGUUGAAGGCUGUGCAACUUGAACCAUAAAACAUACCAAAACACUCGCCAUACUCCUCAGGACAGUUCGACAUGCACUCUUACCAACCCCUACACUCCUCUUGUAAACACCUCUUUUGCUGGCUAGCAAAACCCUCUGUGUUAAUGCUCUGGAAGGGAUCUCUUUGUUUUACUGUAACUCUCUGUAAUAAGACUUGGGUGACUGUAAUCGUCUUGUUAUGGAGUCAACACUUGACAGCUACUGUACAUGUUUAUGUUUGAUAAGUUGGAUACUAUUCAACCCUUUUUUUAAUAACUAUUGUCUGUUCUCGGAAGAGCCAUUUUGAAACAACCUUGUCAUUUAUUUUAUUUUAAAAUCCUUGAACACUGUAUCCACAAUAUAACAUCCUUUGGCCCAGGGUCAGUUAUACCAAGUACUACUCAGAACACAUAGAUAGCCUAUGUAAAGUUUUGAUUACAUCGAUGUUGAGAGUGUAGAUGUACAAUCCAUGCAUAACGUCUCAUUUACCAUGUACUUACUCCUUAUUUUCCAGUCAGCUUGAGUCUAUUUAGUACAUUAGUUGUGUUUCUCUUUUUCCUUUGCUUCUGUUGCUCUCUUUGUGUGGCCUGUGGACUACCUUUAGUAUGAGCUUGUUAAAGUUUUCUCCAACUCCAAUAAUGCCAUGGGU